CAAACUAAGACAUCAGGGGUACACCAUGAAACGUCAACGCCUCUGCACGGCCCUCGUCUCGUAUUCCCACGAUAGCAUCGUCCAAUUUUCUUGGCCUUCUUCCCAAGCCUCUCACGACUUCUCGGUUUUGAAGUCCUUGUUUCAUAAUUGGCGUCCCGACAUGUUAGCCAGCUAUGGAUCACUACACCAUCACUCUUAUCAUCCUCAUCAUACCGCUCAUUUUUGCUUCCUAUUCGCAUCACAGACAUGUGACAUUAAAGCUGGUCCGAGGCUCGGGGGAGGAGGCCAGUCGUCUUGACAUGAUCGACGAUGAGAUUCAUGAUGUUGAUCAUGAGUCGACUCAUGACAGAUACUACAAUUUUCGCAACAAGUUUCUGUGGGUCUACGGUCUGGCCAUGGCCGCAGAAUGGCUCCAGGGGUCCUAUCUGUACAGCUGUUUGAAGAAUACCCAUAAACUCUCAGAACCUGCCAUUGCAACUCUUUUUGCUACUGGCUUUGUCUCCGCCGGAAUCAGCACUGUAUUCAUGGGAUCACUUUCCAAUCAGUAUGGCAAAAAGUUCAUGUGCCAAUGCUACUGUGUCAUUUACUCAGUUUCUUGCCUCACCAUGCUCUCCGGCAAUAUACUAUUACUGUUUGCGGGUAGGUUAAUAGGCGGAUUUUGCACUACAUUACUUUACUCAACCUUUGAGAACUGGAUGAUAGCCGAGUAUCAACGACAAGAAUUCGGUGACCGUGGAACUGCAUUGAGUACCAUAUAUAGCAUGAUGGCUGCGACAAAUGGCUUUGUUGCUGUCGCAAGUGGUAUUGUAGCUCAAGUGGUCGUGAAUGCCUUGGGUUCACAUACUGCCCCCUUCUUACUCAGUAUCGUCUGUCUAAGCCUGGCACUGGCGGUUAUCACUCGGUCCUGGGCGGAGAGCUUUACAUCACCCAUCAGAUCCUCAGUCACCGAAACCUCAUGGAAGGUCAGCGCCAUCUCUCUCAUGAAAGACCCAAGUCUGGUUAUUCUGACACUAACCAUGUGCUUCUUCGAGGGCUCUGUAUACGUUAUGCUUUAUUCUUGGCCACAGACAAUCAUGUCAGCUCGUGCUCAAGAAAAGAUAUGGGCUAAUCCUCCUUUCGGCACCAUAUUUGCGAGUUUGAUGGGUGCAAUGUCUCUGGGAUCCUUUUCAUUCCUCUAUGCCUCGCGUGAGGGAAACUCGAUACAAGUUUCAUCGCGCACAAUUCAGCUUGCGUUAUCCAUCUCAGCUUCAGGUCUUCUGUUGACGAUUUUACUACAAGACGAGUUGAGUCGCUUCUGGGCGUUUUGCCUCUUCGAGACAUGUGUCGGACUGUAUUAUCCGACCAUGGCCUACUUGAAAGGUCGGCUUGUUGAGGAGGAGCGACAAAGUCAAGUUUAUGGGUUGAUGAGGGUGCCACUCAAUGUCUUCACCGUGCUGUGUCUAACUACUGUCAGUGAAGGAGAUGAAAGCCGCGAGAACAGGUUUAUAAUAUGCAGCAGCCUUCUCUUGCUUGGCGUUUUAUUGAUGUCUCGGUUUGAUCCUAAGCAAAACAGAUCCUAGUAAAUAGCCAACUAUUAUCUAUAGCGUUUCAAGGAACCAACGUAGAUGUUCACGGCACGCAUGCAGUGUCAAAUGCAAUGCAAGGAUACGUCUUCGAAUUCUUAAAGCUACGGCCCCAUCUAAC